AUGGAAAGGCCGAGGCCAGAAUCGAAGCGGGCAGGGCCAGCAACAACAACAACGCCACCGACGCGGACAACAACAACAGCAACAAGGGAGAGCUUCGGCAACAUCUUCAGCGGCUUCAAUGAUGGCAUCCUCAGCGACUCCUUCAACAUUGAGAGUGAGCUAGCCCGAAGGCUCAUGAGGCAGGACGACCAGUGGGGCAACGUCGUCACGGUCCAGAGCGAGCUCCAGAUCCUCAGCCCAAGGUACGACAGAGGCGAGGGAGGUGUGCGCGAACGACAGGAGAGGCGCUGGCAAGGCCGCGACGAUUGCAACGCUAGCAAGGGUGCUAGCGCUAAUGGCUCGGAGGAGACACUGUGUACACUCAGAGACAACAUAGACAACCCUGAGCGGGCGGAAAUACAUAAUCCGGCGAUGGGCAGCGUCGGCGGCGGUAGCGCCCACCGGUGA